AUGAGUCUCCUUCCUUACAUAGGCAACCGGGGUUGUUGGAGUACCUCGCGUUAGGAGUUGUGUGUCCUGCCUGUGAUUUUAGCGGUGUUAGCGGAGGUCCUCGAUGACGUGAUACACGGAGCAAGGAUUACAGCUCGUUAAUUUACUCUUCGUUAAGUUGCUUCUUUUUAUGUUAAGCAGCAGUUGUGAACAUGAUCUCGUGCACCGUCAAGCAGCUGUGCUGCGUUCUGUUUUUGUUCGCCUGUGUUGCACACUGCCAAGUGAAGACUAAAGAAAGCUUCAAGAAAGGCCCCGAGAAACUGCUCAGUAAUCCAUGCAGUGGAAGGGAAACAUGUUCCGAGUGUAUCACAUUUGACUCUGACUGUGGUUGGUGCACAAAACUGAAUUACACGAACGAUGGAAAGCCCAGGUGCGACACACUCAUCAACCUGGCUCAGUACUGCCCUGAUGACUACUUUCAUCCAAAAAACACCAUGACGAAGAUUGUGGACAAUGAGCUGAGCAACAAAGGAGCAAGAGAGGGCGAAGCCAUUCAAAUCAAGCCACAAGAAAUUCGGCUCAGGUUAAAACCGAAGUCUCCAUUCCCACUGCAUGUGGAAUUCAAGCAAGCUGAGGACUAUCCAGUUGACCUGUACUACCUUAUGGACCUCUCCAACUCGAUGAAGGAUGACAAAGAAAAACUAGCCCUGCUGGGUGACCUUCUGGCCCAAGAGAUGGGCAAGAUAACCACAAAUUUUCGUCUUGGCUUUGGCUCGUUUGUCGACAAAGUGGUCAUGCCCUAUGUGAACACUGUUCCCGAAAAGCUGCAAAGUCCUUGUGACGACUGUGUUGCCCCCUAUGGAUUUAAGAACCACAUGUCGCUGAGCACCGAGACUAGCCUCUUCAAGAAAGAGGUCAACGACGCCAGGGUCUCUGGGAAUCUCGACGCUCCCGAAGGCGGGUUCGACGCCAUAAUGCAAGCCGUCGUCUGCCAUAAGGAAAUUGGCUGGAGAGAUAAAGCUCGCAGGCUUCUUCUCUUCUCCACAGACAGCGGCUUCCAUUACGCAGGUGACGGCAAGCUCGGGGGCAUCGUCAAGCCCAACGACGGAGAGUGUCACCUGGAGAGAAACGAGUACACCGAAAGUGUACACCAGGAUUACCCGUCACUCAGCCAGAUCAACGCCAAGAUCCAGGAGCACAAGGUGAACAUCAUCUUCGCCGUCACGGCUGACCAGAUAAGCGUCUACGAGAAGCUGGGAAACCAGCUCGAGGGUUGCAGCAGUGGCCGCCUGGAGAACGACUCUUCUAAUGUGGUUCAGCUUGUGCGGGAGCAGUACGACAAAAUCUCCUCCAAGGUGGAAAUCAAGGACAAUGUUGUUAGCAACCAUAUCCAGAUCAGCUACACGUCCAGCUGUCUCGGGGACAAAAAGGAGAAGACGAAUGUAUGCAAAGGUCUCAAAGUGGGCGACAACGUGACUUUCGAGGCAAUGAUUGAAGUCAAGUCGUGCCCGAAGGACCGCAGCCAGUGGAACCAAACGAUACAGAUCUACCCUGUUGGCAUAAGCGAAUCGCUCACUGUGCACUUAGAGAUGAUCUGCGAGUGCGACUGUGAGAAGCCUUGGAAUGAGGAACCGAACAGUCCCAAAUGCUCGGACGGAAAGGGCACCUUUGAGUGUGGCAUCUGCAACUGCUACAACAACCGUUACGGUCGAGAGUGCGAAUGCGAUGCCAAGGACACUGAUCAAAUCAGGGAUGAGAAAGGAUGCUUCUUCCCCAACGACACUAAGCCGUGCUCUGGAAGGGGAGAUUGCCGUUGUGGUGUUUGCGAGUGCCACCCAAGGGAGAACCGAGAGGAGACUGUGAGCGGAAAGUACUGCGAGUGUGACAACUUUUCGUGCGAUCGAGUCGAUGGAUUGCUUUGUGGAGGUGAAGAACAGGGCAGCUGCAUCUGCGGAAGUUGCGAAUGUAGGGAUGGCUGGACUGGACCUAACUGUAACUGCCGAGACACGAACGACACCUGCAUCGGCCCCAAUGGGAAAAUCUGCAGUGGCUACGGUGACUGUGUCUGCGGGCAGUGCAAAUGCCUCGAAUCAGACGAGGAGCGUUACAGCGGAGUCUUCUGUGAAGAUUGUCCCACCUGCCCUGGAAAAUGCGAGGCGUUCAAGGACUGCGUGCUGUGCCAAGUCUUCCAAAUAGGACCCUACACUGAGGAAGAGUGCAAGACUAAGUGCGAGUUCUUGGCCAUUCAGGCUCCGCACAUUGAAGUCAACGAAGAAGGUGAGAAGCUGUGCAUCUUCCGUGACGAGGAUGACUGCAAGUACACCUUCAUCUACAAGUUGGAGCCAACGAACGAGUAUACUGUACGAGCCAAGAAUGAGCGUGAGUGCCCUAAGCCGGUAAACAUUUGGGCCAUCAUUCUGGGUGUGAUACUUGGCAUCGUUCUCAUUGGCCUGGCAUUGCUCCUCAUCUGGAAGCUGUUUACCACCAUCCACGACCGUAGAGAGUUUGCCAAGUUUGAGAAGGAACGGCAGAUGGCCAAGUGGGACACCGGAGAAAACCCAAUCUACAAGGGCGCCGUUUCAACGUUCAAGAACCCCACAUACGGAGGGAAGCAGUAAGAGGCCUGCACGCACUGAAAGAACGUAUUGCGGCCUUUCACCAUUGCCUGCAUCUCCAGGCCAAAAUCACAACUAGCAAUCAACCAAUUUACUUUCCCAAUUAUUCUGUCUCACGGCUGAGGAAAUCAUCAUCAUUCUCGUCAUUUCUUUCUCUGUCGUGCUGCGUUGGUUGUAUCAAUCGCCCACUCUUAAUUUAUGUUCAUGAAAUGCAUACCGGGACGUUAGGUUUAAAUCGCAUUUUACCUGUGUAGGUGAGGAUCGGUGAUUGACACUAUUGCUUUGUCAUCGUUACACCGCAACCUCGAUUUGCUGUUAUAGGCGAUGCUUUGCCAGCCAUACUUGUGUACGUGACGUUCAGUCUCGUUCCUUGCAAUUGUUGUACUCAUAUGUAACGGCUCUUUUGUGUGUUAAUGAAGUGUAAUUAAUCGACAUGUGAUGUUUGUGCAUUUCUUUCUCUGAGAAUGACACAAAGUACUUGCCAGCUCUUGCACUGUUAAAGCCACUGCUUGUUUCAUGGUCAGGUGCCUAGCAGAGAGCUGCAGCUGAUGAGAGUUGUAGAAGAGCUUGUAAAUGACCGUUACUUUUAUUGCGCAUAGUCAGAGUAUGGCUGAUGCCGCAGAGACACGAAAUACUUGUUGGCACACAGCCUUUUGUUGGUUGCUCUGCAGGUGCCAUCUGGUGUCUAAUCUUCGAAUCUACCUUCAUGUGCUCUUAAUAAUUAUACCAGUUGUUUGUCUGGCACAAGCUGUUGCCCUAUUAAUCGUUGGCAUUUGUAGGAAUACUGGAAUUUUUCUACGUCAGGUGCGACGGUGUAGACCUUUUGAGCGAAGAAAUUGGAAGUCUGCGUUCUCUUUCUUCCUUUCUUAGUCUUUAUUUUCCCAGUUUCGCAAAGCUUUUAGUGCAGGGGGCAGUGUGCAGUUGUAAGGCCAAUUUUGUUUACUAUGCUUACCUUUCUUGUCAUUAUGGUCGGCCAUUGACCCCAUCGUGGCAUGUUGUCGUAACCCAUUUGCACAAUACUUGUCUGCACUGUGUGAGGUAUUAAACAGAGCAGAAUGUAAUACCUAUAAAUUAAUACCUGGUCUAAAACACGGCCUGACGGCUUAAGUUUGGUUAACAUUUUCUUUACCAGCUAGGAGUUAUGUACUUCAGGCAUUCAGUUACAACGAUUAGGGAAAUGCUCAUUUCUUGGUGUGUCAUGGUGUGCCCUGGUAGUAGUGUUUUAUUCACUGAGUGGCCUUAAAUAAGUGAUGCCUUUUUGCACUUUCGCUGCCAGUGUUGCUUACAAGUACAAACUAGGGCCGUUUGCCCUGAACCGGGUCUUUUCUGAAAAGUAUUUUAAAAAAAAAGAAAAUGCCUGUAGUGCCCGAGUCUAGAACUUUUGUUAGCAUUUCUGUAAAACUCAUUUUGGUUAACAACAGUGCUUCCUAUUUUUCGAGUGACGUAAAGAAGGCUCUUACUUGCUGCAUAUUUUGUGAAAGACUUACGUACGUUAUGUGUGAACAAGUUUUAUGUAUAGUCAAUUUUUUUUUCUAGUGAAAAAUGUUCUAAAAAGCCUCUGGCUUUCCACCCACCUCCCAUCCUUUCCUGCCACUUUUUUUUCUUGUGUUAAACCAUUUGUCUAUACUUAUAACUAUAGUGUAUGCAUGUUGAAGCUUGCAAGGUUCGUAAAACACCUUUGGUCUUUUGUAGAGCUGUUUUGCCUUAAUUUUGUCAUGUUCAGUUUGCAAGUGUUUUUUUUUUUCAUGGUGUAUGGUCAACAUUUUUCCUGAACUUAAUAAUAGGGAAGGUAGUUUUAGCACCGCAUUUUUUUUAAUCAUAGAAGACAUGGAAACUUGCAUUUUCCGUCGCAGAGUAUAUUGGUACCUGCGUAUGCUUACUGCCACUUGCAAGAUGCAGAAGCAUCACAACUGAGGAACAACAAGCCCAAAGCUGUUGUACAUAGUAGUGCUGUUUUGUUUUUUUUCGAAACGCUGACGAUCUCCCGCACAUAACACUGGAGGCGCAUUUAUGUAGGGGGGACCAAUGUGAAAUGGAGUAUCCAAUAUGUAUUCGAGACAGUCUGUUGUCACUGGUCUUGAUACGAUAAUGAAAAAGUUUGUUGGCACAGAACUGUCGAGGUAGCAACCGCUCGACAAGUGUAUCAAUAAAUAGCAUUGGGCCGUGCAGUGGUACUGUUGUUAGAAUAUUGCUGGAUGCUCCCUUUCAUAUUGGACUACCCUGUAUGUGUGAGCUGUGACUAGUGUGCUGCUACAUUUACAUGAAUAAUGUUGCAGGCACUUUGCCAAGCGAAUGUGCAAUACACCACUAGAAAGAAGGGCUAUGUUGUGUGCAGUGUCUUGUGUAACACUGCACACGUACUGAUAAAGCGCCUUUUAGCACCAUGCCAUAUAUGAUAAUGAGGCAAGCAAGUACUUUUGGCUUUUGGUGAAUAACGUGUUCAUCUAUACAAAUGUGAAAAUCAACUUUUUUGGAAAUCAUUUCUUCUUUUUCUUGUAGUAAAAACUGAUUUUAGUGAAA